AUGACUCAAUAUGGAAUGCUAAAUAAUGGUGUGCAAGUUCGUGAUGCAUCCCAAAUGUUCAUGUUUGGUGACACAAAUUUGGUUCAUGGAUUACCAAACAGACUGGUUUAUUCACAACCUCAAAAUCAAGUUCUGCAUGCUCAGUUUCAAGGACAGUUUUUUUCUCAAGGUGGAGGUCAAACAAGGAAAGCCCAGAAAGUCAAUAACCAAGAUAGAUACAAAGAAUUCUGUGGAAUUCAAGAAAGUGGAAUGGAAUAUGUGAGUGGGAGUUGGAGUGCUCUUAAGCAGACUGCUGUAGCAGAAGCCUCUAGUGGUGAUUCUGGUGUACAAGAAGAGUGGAGUGGGUUGAGUUUUCAGAAUCCUGUACUCUCAAAUGAAAACCAGCCUUCAAAUAUGGUGGAAUUGGAAAGUGGGAAACAACAAACUCCAUGGCUGUAUAACAUUUUACCAGAGGAGGUAACUUUUAGAAACAGUGAUUGUUCUGGUAUGUCUGGUUUCAUGGACAGAUCAGCUGUUUCAGUGAAGAAGGAAGAUGGUGAAAAAAAGUCAACUUUUGAGGUCAAACCAGGAAUUGGUCAACAGGUUGCAUCUUCAAGAAGACAACCGAAUAAAUGGAUGGAUGUACCUAUGCAACAAAACCCUCCUACUCCUAGUACCUCAUAUCCAACAAAUAGGAAGAUGGAAUCUGGUAAGAUGCACCAAAGUGGUUAUCAUGGACAUGCAGUGUGUUCUUUGAAUCAAGCACCCAUGAACUAUGAUCCCAGGAUGAUAAAGAAAGAAAAGGUGGAAUAUGACAAUACAGUCCCUCAACAGUUAGAUGUGGCUAAAAAGAAUAUGGUUGUUUUAAAUUCAAAAAAGAGAAAAGCUUCUACAUUUGAACAGCUUCCAUGGCAUAAAGAAGUAACUGAAGGUUUUACAAGGCUUCAUGAUACCAGCAAUGCUGAGUUGGAAUGGGCAAAUUCUGUAAACCGGAUGCCUGAAAAAGUAGCAGACUUGAUGUCAAUUGUUGACCGAAAGAGAAGAAGACUUAUCUUAACAACACAACUUAUGCAAAUGUUGUUUCAAUCUGCACCAAAUAUUGUCAUUUCAGAAGAUGCUACUAAACAUUGUGAUACAAUCACAUACUAUGUUGCUAAAUUUGGUCUGGGUGAUGCAUGUAGGACUUCUAGAAGCAGUGUUGAACAGGGUAGUCUUUUAAAAGUUGUAGAAGGUUUUAUUGAUAGAUCAAAGAGGCUGGAAGACAUGUUAUUGAGGUGGGAGAAAGAAGGAUCUUCGAUUCUUGAUAUAAAGGUGGAGUUUCAAGAUUUGGAAAAGUUUUCAGUGAUCAAUCGUUUUGCAAAGUUUCAUAGUCGAGGGCCAUUGGUUAUAACUGCUGACACGUCAUCAUCUGGUGGAGCCUCUUCCACUGUGCAGAAACUUAACCCUCAGAGAUAUGUUACAGCUAGUGAAAUGCCCAGCGUAGUGCCACAAGGGCAAUAUUGUCUUUCACUAUGAUAAUUAGUUUGAUACACUCCUUUCUCCACCCUUAUGUAUCCUCCAAUGUUUGUCUAACUAACACUUAAGUUGAUAUUUUGAACUAAGUUAACUUUUGACAAAGUAUAUAACCUUUUUUGUACAUGUCAAUAAGAUACUAGGAAGCUUUUGGGGGUUACCAAAUCUUUUUUAUCAACACAGCUCAGAGUAAUGGCAGGUGAUGCAGAUAAAGAUUUGGUCAUUAUACUAUUAAUAGCCAUGUUAGUUGGAAAGUGAUGUGUGAGAAGGAUGGAGUAUAUAACUAUCUAUAUAUGAAUAUGUUUAUUUUUACACGUGUGGGU